AUGAAGACUAUUUUAUGGAAUGUGCGUGGUGCCUCUAGCAAAGAAUUUUUACCUCAUGCAAAGGAGGUAGUGAGACUUCACAAACCCGACAUUUUGUUUCUAUUAGAAACAAAAUCUACUGAUGAAAUUGCUCGAGCAGUUUGUAAAAGACUGGGCUUUGAGGAAUUUCGUACUCUUCCGGCUAAUGGACUUAAGGGUGGAAUGUGGUUAUUUUGGCGCAAGCCGGCCAUUCUUAUGGACUUUGUGACUGAAUCACCCCACGUGAUUCACUCACUUUUCAAGGUAUCACCAAAUGAUCCGGAGGUGCUCAUUACGGGUGUUCAUGCACCCUCUGCAUCGAGGGAUAAAAAUGAACUAUGGAACAUGCUUGGGGAAAAUUCACCUCCUGCCUCUACUCCUUGGUUAUUAUUGGGAGAUAUGAAUGAGGUUGUUUCACAAUCAGAGAAGAUGGGUGGGAGACCAAUUACAAACUCCCAGGGUAAGGCCUUCACAAAAUGGACUGACAAAGAGGGCCUUAUCGAUCUCAAGUAUCACGGACCAGCCUUCACUUGGGACAAUGGUAGAGAAGGAACGGAAUUAAUUAGGGAAAGGCUUGAUAGGGCACUUGCAAAUGCUGAGUGGAUAAAAGUGCACCCGCAAACACAGGUAUACCAUCUUGCUAAAACCUAUUCUGACCAUUGUCCAAUUCUUGUCGAUACUAAUGUUGUUAAUCGUAUCUUUAAUUAUCCUUUCCGAUGUAAGGAGGCUUGGCUUGAAAAUCCUAAUUUUGAUGAUUUUUUUGCUAAUGCUUGGAAUAAAGGGAAUGAUUUUAACGAGUCCAAAAAUUGUUUUACUAAGGAAGUUAAACUUUGGAAUAAAUGGGUGUUUAACGAAGCUAUUCAAAAUAAAAAUAGGCUAAUUGCUCAUAUUCAUGGUAUUCAAAAAAUACUUAAUACUAAGUAUUCUUCCUUCUUGAUUAAUCUUGAAAAAACAUUCUUUUAA